AUGAAUCUGCUGCAUCAGCCAGGCAGUGGGGGAACCACUCUGGCCAAGCAGGUGCUCUGGGACAUGAGGAAAACACUGAGAUGUGCUGUUCUAACAGGUGCUACCUCAGACAUCACCGCUAUCGCCAAGCAGGUGAUUCACCUUUUCACUGCAGGCGGUCAAGGCCAGCAGAACACUGUGCUCUUACUGCUGGAAGAUGAGCGUAUUCUGGAGAAUCUGCAGGAUGCCAUCAUCAAAGAGAUUGCAGAGAGAAACAUCACGACCCACAUGCCUGUGGUCAUCAUUUUAAACUGUGUGCUCAAUGGAGUGGUUAGACAGCACAGGGUGUUUGCGCGCGUUGAUGGCAAGGAGAUUGAAGUUUGUGCCGAACAACGAAGAAAAGUUUGGAAGUCCGAAGACGUCUGCUUCUACCUUGGCUUCACCAUUAGAGGUCCUGUGGCCUACGGCAUCCAGUACCCAUCCCAUCACGGACAUGUCUUCUAUUCAGGGCCUGUGAGAAGUUGCACAACCUGUGCUAAUGUGAUGGAGUCUACCAACUGGGUUCAGGUUGAACCUGUGGCCAUCACUAAAGAAGCCCCAAUGUUCAGCACUUCUCCCCCAGGGCGCUACGAGUGCAGAGUAUCAGGGCUCCGGUGGGUGUGUAAAGACCAUGUCAGUCUACAGUAUCAAUUCAGCUCCUGGGAGCCUCACAGGGCAAUGAUGAAAAGCUUGGGGUACAAGCAAGGUGGCCCCCUAUUGGAUGUCACAGUCAUUUCAGGAGAACUGGAAGAAGUGCAGCUGCCACAUUUUGCCUGUUUUGGCGAUGAUCCCUCCUUUAAAGAGAAAGUGAGAGUUCUACAUGUAGAAGACUGUGGUGUGUCCAUAGAACAAGUGGAUGAAGUCACCCGCUUCCACGUCAAGAUCCUCCAUCCAUCCUUCUCUCCAAAAGGAGUUCUCGUGAGAUCUGGCUUUCCGGUGAAAGCCCACUGUGACUUGCUGCUGUACCAGGCCAAGACAGCAUUCCUCACGCUACAUGCAUAUCUGGUGCCCUGUGAUUCUUCUGUAGAACAGAAUGUCCAAGUGGGCGAGGAUAUUGGAAAUUGA